CCUCAACAUUCACAUUUGACUCUCUUCUUCUUCUGCCAUACUCGCCUUUCCACGUUCAGUCUCAGCUAAGGAGCUAAGAUGACCUUCUACGAUGACAUUUACCCAUUCUACCCUCUACAAAGGACCUCCUUCAUCUUCAGUGGCCGCUUGCUCACCAUUAUUCUAGUCUUUCUUGUGCUGGCAGUCAGUCUUCUUCUCAUUCUGCCAGGGAUAAGAGGGAAGUCGAGGCUGUUCUGGAUGUGUCGAAUAACUAUCAGCUUGUUCAUAGGAGUGGUGAUAGUGGUGCUCAACUUUACCAAUGACUGGGCCGAGGCCAGAAUGACCACUAAUGCCACCUACAAGUCUUUCAGCAACGCAGUGGUUAACGCUGACAUCGGCUUGCAUGUUGGACUGUACGGCAUUAAUGUGACACUAAAGGGGAAUCCUGUUGUACAGUUCAACGAGACCAUUGACUACAAUGAGAUGUUCACCUGGCAUGACACUAUGGAAGAAGAGUAUGAGGAAGCUCUGGAGAAAGGUUUACCCAACCCCAUCCUGUACAUCGCUGAGAAAUUCACCCUGAGCAGCCCAUGUGGACUCAUCUUUCAAUACAGAUACUCUGGACGAUAUGCCUCUGCAACCCUCUGGACGGCAUUUUGCUGCUGGAUGCUCGCCAAUAUCCUCUUCUCCAUGCCGGUCGUUCUGUACGCCGGGUACAUGAUGAUGGCCACCGCUGCCUUCAUCUUCUUCUCCAUGGCCUCCUUCUCCACCAUCAUGAACGUGCCGCAGUGUGUUUUCUCCAUAGGAACUGACUCCUUUGAAAUCGAGUACAGCCAUUCGUUCUGGCUGGCUCUGGCUACAGGUGUGCUGUGCGCCGUCAUCGGGAUUCUGAUGGUGACGUUGAACUUUCUGAUACCAGAAAAAAUGAAAGAGGCUUUCAGUGUUGGCGUCGACAGUUAUGAAGACGAGGAUGUUUCUUAUGGGGAGGGCUACCUGAAUGCAGUUUUUCUUGAUGGAGUGACAAUUUCACCACUGACAUCAAAAGUCAUGGCGGUAAGUGGCGACACUGAGAGGGUAAUUCUCUCUUUUGACCCAUCUAGCAAUGGAUUCGUCAUUUACUUACAAGCAGCAACAGUGCUUUAUUCAUUGUACAUAAAAUAAUCUGUAGAAAAAUUUGACUUUGAUAUGCAUUUAUUGUUGCAAAAUACAUAUUCAGUUCUGUGACCACUGUGGUAUUAAUAAGGGAUGCAAGAUUGAAAUAAGACGAAUCACUGCUAUUUCGGCCACCACACCAUAUACGUCAUGAAUCCUGCACAAUAAUGUCCAUUUAGUAUUUAAGGAAGUUAUAUCCUUUUGCUGCUUGUUGACUGACAUGAUUUUGUUUCUGUGUAUUAGGAGCACGUCUGAAGCCGUCCUGGUUUCCCCCAGCGAAUACAGCUAAUACUUGAAGAUAUUUUUGCUGAAUGUGUUACAGGAGUGUCUAACUUCACACCUGUUUGAAUUAUCUAUGAGAGCCUGUUAUGUGUUAUGCAUGAUUUAACUGUGAAUAGUUGUGUAUGUAAAGUUCAUUGUCAUGGUGCAGUAGUUGUAAGUACAACAUGUACAUUUGUAUGGGAUCCAUACACCGAUCAAUACGGAUUACAGGUCUAUCGUUGCUCAACUCUUUUUUCAUGAGAAAUGAAAGAUGAAACAAAAUAAUGUAUAGUUUAAUAUUGAUUACAUUUUGAUGGCCUCUUCAGGACUUCUUGUGAGGUAUGCACGUUGCCACGGCAACAACACACGGUCUAAUUUGUACAUAUUGUCUGAGCAGCGUCAUUGGUUGAAGCAUCCUUCCAUAACAGCUUCUGAGAUCCAAAUAAAUGUGAAAGAACGAGAGGAAGAAUGAAAACCAAACUGCUGGGAUUGGAGCAAUUGAUUCAUUUCAAAUAGAGGAGAAUGUACUUUACGUCUUGUCUGUGAGUACUUUUCUCUGCCAGUACCACCACAAUAAAAUAAAAACAACAACAAG